GUUCACACCCACGUUCAACAGGCACCGAAUCACAUAUAGUUGGUGGGCAGUUUCACUGCGUUUUCUUUCAUUUAUACCGAAAAGUCCUUGGCGACGAUAGACAGAGCUCGUGGGAGAAGAGGACGAGUUUUUUUCUAUUAUUUUCUCCAUCUUCUUCUUAUUUCCUUUCCUUUGGAAUUAAGAUUUUUGUUGAGGCUUAACUUGCGCGCAAUGGCGCCUGGACGCAAAUCUUCUCCUGCUUACACAGCUUUACUCUUGAGGUAGAUCAAAUCGGAUAAACAACAGAAACCCUCACCACAUUUUGGGAAUAAGAGAGGAGGAUGGGAACUCCACAUAACGGAUCCAACGUAACAUCAAACUACACGAAUCAGUUUGUGCAGCCGCCGUGGCGCAUAGCGCUCUGGUCAAUUGCCUACAGCUCUGUGCUGGCGGUGGCGGUGUUCGGAAACCUCAUUGUAAUAUGGAUCAUCCUUGCUCACAAGCGUAUGCGGACUGUGACCAACUACUUUUUGCUUAACUUGGCAUUUUCGGACGCCUCAAUGGCCGCGUUCAACACUUUAAUAAACUUUAUCUACGCUGCUCAUGGGGACUGGUACUUCGGGGAAGCCUACUGCAAAUUCCACAACUUCUUCCCGGUCACUUCUGUAUUUGCAAGCAUCUACUCAAUGACUGCAAUAGCCGUGGAUAGAUACAUGGCCAUCAUCCACCCUCUGAAGCCUCGCCUGUCAGCAAAGGCCACCACAGAGGUCAUCGUAUGUAUCUGGAGCCUGGCAGUGGUUCUGGCGUUCCCCCUCUGCUACUUUUCCACCACCCGAGCUCUGCCCCACAGGACCAUCUGCUACGUGGCCUGGCCGCGCAUGGCAGAUGACCCCUUCAUGUAUCAUAUCAUAGUCACAGUCCUGGUCUAUGUACUGCCUUUAGUGGUGAUGGGCAUCACUUACACCAUCGUAGGGGUGACACUGUGGGGUGGUGAGAUUCCUGGAGACUCUUCUGACAACUAUCAUGGACAACUCCAGGCUAAACGCAAGGUGGUGAAGAUGAUGAUCAUUGUGGUAGUGACCUUUGCCCUCUGCUGGCUGCCCUACCACGUCUACUUCAUUGUGACAGGUCUUAACAAGUAUCUAAGCAAGUGGAAGUACAUCCAGCAGGUUUAUCUAUCAGUGAUGUGGCUGGCAAUGAGCUCCACCAUGUACAAUCCCAUCAUCUACUGCUGCCUCAACAGCAGGUUUCGUGCAGGUUUUAAGAGGGCAUUUCGCUGGUGUCCAUUCAUUAAAAUGUCCAGCUAUGAUGAGCUGGAGUUACGUUCUACACGGCUGCAUCCAACGCGCCAGAGCAGCAUGUACACGCUGACACGAAUGGAUACGACCAUGGUCGUAGUCUAUGAUCCUGCUGACGGUAACGGAGGUGGUGGUGGACGGAAACACUCCCUCUCUGGCAGGAAGAAGAGCUACGUCACAUGUCGCCAGACAGAGAUCACUGGCUCCAACAAUACCGCAAAAACACAAAAUGGAGUUGCGCCAACUGCUCAACCUGAGGAAUUUUCUUGAGGAGCACAUUCGCAGACAUACAAACAGUAGAGUUGAUUCAGUCUUUGCAUGCUUAGAUAAUUGUAGAAACAUGCUUAAUACACUGUACAUAGAAAGAAUGCAAUGAUUUCAUAUUUUGGAAUUAUUAUAUAAAGAUGGAACUGAUUACUGCAGGAGAGGUUGUCACUGUGGUCAUGCGCAGUCAUGAAAUACUGUUCUGUAAACUGUUCCUUCUUCAGCCAGAUCUAUAGUUUUGAUUUAGAUCAGAAUGUAAAUAUUGCCAGUGUAACGGUUCAGCUGUUUGAUAGGUAAUAAACUUAGUAGUUCUAAUCAAAGAUUCAUGGUUCAAAGGGGCAAUAAGUGGAAAUUCAUCAUUUCUAGAUUGAAGGAAUUAAAAAAUCACAAUGUGAAGAACCAGAGGAGUAAUUUGAUCCGCAACACACCGUCUCUGUGUUGAUCACCAGCACCGUGUUUACCAGCCGGUCCGGUCGCGGUUUCAUGUACGUUCAGGUGAAUCACCACCUUCUCUCGGAGCCCCUGCUACUCCCUCGAUAUAAAAGGCUGGAGCAAGCAAACAAUGGCAGCUCAUAUUUUCAAAGCAAAAAAAAAAAAAAAAAAAACAUUUACAGUUGUUAGCAAAGUUGUUGCAUAAAGAAAGAGACAUAAUCUGGAUUAACAUUAGUCUUGUAUUUCCAAAGUGGAGAGUACUGUGAGAGCUAAAGAGACUACAGUUUGACUCGGCACUAGCUCUUCUCCUGGAUAGUAAGUAACAGCAUAAACGUUAUACGCUAAUUCAACAUAUUCUACAAAAUGGUGAUAUCGUUUUGCUAAGUGUGUUUGCACUUUGCACAUCGUUCGUAGACGAGGCGAGCCGGGGGUGGGGGAAGAGGUAGAGGAAUGUGUGGUUCAUGACACACUUUGUUUUGGUCUACAGGCAGUAAAUGUGGUGAAAGAAAUUUGCUUUUUGCCUUUUUAAGUGUAUGUUAGCAUGGUAAAAAAAAAAAAAAAAAAAAAAGCAAACUGCUGGAAACAAAAAACAAAACAAACAAAAAAAAAAAAACAACCUGACAAUAAAGAUAAUCCCAAAAUAAAUAUUUGUAAUUAUGUCAGUGUUUCAAUCUGUAAAAACCAUGAGCUGUAUGUUAAAGAGAGGAUGGACUCUCCAUUUUCCCUUUGGCCAUUGACAAGCGGCUGCAGAGUCAUCGAUGGAAUAGCUGCUGAUUGAACUCAGAUUGUCUCUAUGUGGCUCUGAGUUUGACUUUUGAUUAUGUAACUCUUGUAUGGAACAAGUUCUAGUGACUGGCAACAAGCCAGAGGUUUAAAUCCAGUAUUUAUUUGAAGCUUGUCAAUAAGCAAGCUGCACACUGAGCUCACUAAAAGUAAGUUAACUCAGUUUGUCAUUUACUUUUUCAACCAAGUGAAGGAGAAAUACAGAAAAUUGCAUGGUGAAUGACAGUUAAUGUUUAUGUGUAGGAGCAUUUUGGCUGAUUGUUGCUGUUUUAAUGCUGUUUUCCUGUGUUGUGUCUUGACUUAAUUCACUGUGUUUGUGCAUAUCAGGUGCUGAGACUGCACCCAGCAGUUUGCCUACAUGUGCCAUACUGGGUUUACACUUUCAUAAGUGGAACUGUGGCUUGGUGCACAGAAACAGACAUGACCGCUAGUCCAAACGGUCAGCUUUUUAAUAUAUAUCAAAUGUAUUGUAUAAAAGCAUUUAAUACUUGCUGAUAGGUAUUGGGUAACUUUAAACUCAUAAUUGUUCAUAGGUCAAAUUUUUUGUCAGAUGCUUAACAAAAUAGUCACAGAUGAUCCUCAGUCUGAGCAACAUAAAAUUCAUCACGUGUCUUUUAAUUUUCAAAAGCAUGUGUCCAGCUCAUAUAAAAGAAGUUAAAUGAUCCUUUAUCAAAUCUUGGCCGAUGGACUUGCUACCCAAAUCAGGAGGACCCUCAAAUAAUUGAGAAGGAUUUUACUGCUACGGGGGCACAAUAAGUAAAAAUGUAGUUUGUAUAAGUAGGUGUUGGUGUUAUUAGGCUGAGACAUGUCAGCUUCAUUGAUUUUACUGCCAUGUGAGAUUUUUCUAAUCGUUUUCCAAAACCGGCAAUGAUCUUCAAAUUAAGCCUUGUAUUAGCUAUGGCGUGGUGUUUAGGUUUUAUAAACCAUUUGCCUAUUAAAGUCCAUAAAAAUCAGUUAAACAGUCUCCAAACAGGACAUAUGAUCAUAUCUCGGUUACCCCAGUUGCAGGGCACUCUUCCCUGGAUAAACUGCUCUGCUAUGAUGCAGCUACGAUGCUGUUAGACGCACCUUACAUAUUUUUCCUACUGUUGUCUGCUAAAGUCCUUUUUGCAGAGGUUAAACUCAAACUCAAUGUAUAACAAGUUAAGGAAGAGACUUAAAAUCUGAAGGCGAACAUGAAAAUCUAAAAAGCCAGACUUGAGGACUAGUUUUCAUUCAAGGAGAUUACAAGCAACCAGGCUUUGAACAUGAUUAGCUGAAGUUGCCAUAAUUGUUUCCUGCUUAACAAUUACAGAUCAAUAAAAAUGCUUCGACCAUCUGUAGAGUUGCAUACAUAGGUGAUGUUUUUAAGUGCUGUGAUUUCUAUUUCCUGCUAACUGAGAUAUGCUGAAAUGUUUCCCCGCAGUUUUUCAUAUUUGUCAUGGGUGUGAAAAGUUGAGGCGUAACUGCAUUCAUAAAAAAAACGUCUUUGUCCUUAAUUAUUCUUACUGAUAACUUUGAAUGUUAGAAGACUUUAUGAAAGUAAUAACUAAAGAAUGUGAAGAAUUGUGUGUUGUGCAUUUCAGUGUUUUGCAUUUUAAGGUGUUCUCAUUUUAUGGAUAAUUGUGGUAAUUGAGCCAUUUUCACACUUCUUUGCAUAAAUGUGCUUGUUUGAAUGUACAGUACAAUGUGUGCCUCUCUUUGUUAAGUGGUGACAAAAUUUUUUUAAUUGUAUUUUUAAAGGACAAUGAGUUGGCUUCAACCCUAAAUCUUGUUUCCUUUUUACACUCAAACCAUAAAUCCUCAUGUUUUCAUGAGAUAACAGCACAUUUUCUCCCCUUAACCUUACAGUGUAUCAUUAAAAAACUUAUAGUAUAAUAAGGCAUAAACAAAGAAAAAAACUGGUUGAAAAUAACUUUAUUGUCCUUUACAUGAACAUAGUUGAAAGCAAAUUACUAUAAGAAUCAUUUGAAAUGGAUUUUUUUAAAACUGUCUUGUAUUUCUUACUGGUUUGGCAUUUCUUUGCACCUGCUAGUAUUAGUGUGUUUGCUAAAUGUAGCUUUCUUGCAGUAGUCUUUACAAUAUCACGUUUACCUGUGUCAUAAUAAAAUGUGGCUGUGACUUGUACCAACAUCAGUCAAAUUUUAAUAAGAAAAAAAGGCUUAUAAUUUACAGUGUGUUUUUUUGGUGUUAGUUGACAGAAACAAUGCAGACUAUUGUACUAAUUCACAACAUUUUAAUAUCUCAAUUUACUGAUAUGAAAUUUUGACCAAAAGUGGAGGCAAAGUCCAGUGAAAUGUCCAAGAAAGUUUCUCAUUAUUCACAAAAAUCUUAAUCUUGUUAUUGUGACAUAUUUCCAAACUAUUUAUUGCCUUUUGCUUGCAGAAAACAAACCAAAAACUUCUGCUGAACUGCACUUCACCCUUAACUUGGUCAUUUAGAGACUGCUGCCCAACCCCGUAUUAAAAUCACAGUCAUCACAAUUGAGAGCUUACAAAUGUUGUAGAUUAAUGUUUUAAUUAAACCUUCAUUAAAGUGCCAAUAUGUCUUGUUUUGUCUGUAUUGGUGUACAGAAUUACUUAAUAAAAUCAUCACAAAUUCACACUAAUCUUGAUCUGAGAGCAGCUAAAUGAAAUGUCACAUCUGUGCUGCUAAAAUGGAAGUUGUCUCAAUUGCCUCUUUUUUUAAAUCGCAACCUAAACCGCAUGAAUUUAAUGAUUUAUCCUUCUGCCUCUGAAACACGUUUUUAUUCGAUGGCUUACCAGAUCUGAGGAUUUUUUGACAGCAGUUGUGGUUUUCAGAUAAUAAUUUGGGCAAAAAAAUCUAUUAAAAAUCACAUUCAUUUCUAAUCAUUCUUUGAUGACUUAACAAAAAUUUGAAGUUAUGGAAAUGUAAAUAAUGAGGCCACAGUUACUAAACCACAGGGUUACUUUGCCUUAUCAGUGAGGUCUUUUUAAUCUGUCAGCAUUUUCUUGCUCAAACCUGUUGUAAUUAUCAUUUGAUGAAAUGUGGCUUGAGGGAUUAUUAAAAAUUCAACAGUAAUUGACAUUGUGUUUAAAUCUGAUGCACUUUUUCCUUUUUGAAAUAAAAUAUUCUAGAAGCCCUGCAGAAACAGUCAAUUUAGUGUUGGACUGUUGGAGCUUUCAGACUCUACAACAUACUUUAAACCACAUUUAUUCUCUUGAAAUAACUAAAUAAUAAAAUUAAUAACUCCCAUUUGAUAAUCUGUUAAUCAAGUGUGUUUAAUUUGCAGCAGUUAGUUGCAGCAUACUCUGUGAAUUCUGAUGGGGUGUACAAAGUUUUUCAUACAGUGCUUCUUCAUUUUUGGCUCAGUUCUUGUUGAAAUAAAUCAUGACACCUU